AUGACUAGAAUUAAACGAGGAUAUAUAGCUCGGAGACGUAGAACAAAAAUUCGUUUAUUUGCAUCAAGCUUUCGAGGGGCUCAUUCAAGACUUACUCGAACUAUUACUCAACAGAAAAUAAGAGCUUUGGCUUCAGCUUAUCGGGAUAGAGGUAGGCAAAAAAGAAAUUUUCGACAGUUGUGGAUCGCUCGAAUAAAUGCAGUAAUUCGAUCUAAUAAUGUAGACUACAGUUAUAGUAGAUUCAUACACAAUCUGUACAAGAGGCAGUUGCUUCUUAAUCGUAAAAUACUUGCCCAAAUCGCGAUAUUAAAUAGAAAUUGUCUUUAUAUGAUUUCCAAUGAGAUCAUAAAAUAA